AUGCCUGCUCCCAGCUACUCCGUUGCCCUCGAGACCACCGCUUCCGAGCCUGUGGCCCCUGCUCCUGUUGCAGUCGAGGAACCGUUACGAGAGUCAGACGCCUACUACAAUGCUCGUCUUGACCCCAAGAACUUCUUGGAGGGACCGCUGUCGCCUAACCCUGCGACCCGCCUUCGUCAAAUGCUUGCUCGCCCAGGUAUUGUCGUCGCGCCUGGCAUCUGCGAUGGGAUCAGUGCACGGUGCGCCUUGGAGGCUGGUUUCGAUUGCCUUUAUCAGAGUGGUGCAGCUACCACCGCUUCGCGUAUGGGUCAGCCCGACUUGGCCAUUGCUACUCUCAACGACUUUGUCGGUGCCGGACAAAUGGUGUCCAGUUUGAACCCAUCGGUGCCGGUCAUCGCCGACGCAGACACAGGUUUCGGCGGGCCUGCUAUGAUCGCGCGCACCGUCCGUCAAUACGCAAGGGCAGGAAUUGCUGCUUGCCACAUCGAGGAUCAGGUACAGACCAAGCGGUGUGGUCAUCUUAUGGGCAAACAGGUCGUUUCACGAGAGGAAUUCGUUACUCGUAUCCGCGCGGCUGUUAUCGCUCGUGAUGGUAUCCCUGGUGGUUCAGACUUUGUCAUCAUUGGGCGAACGGACUCGGCACAGGUGCUGGGAAUGGAUGAAGCUAUUGCUCGUCUCAAGCUAGCGGCGGCAGCUGGCGCCGAUGUCUGCUUUAUUGAGGGCGUGAAGACUAAGGAUUUGCUGGAGUCCACUGUCGCUGCAUUGGCUCCUACUCCUGUCCUCGUCAACGUCAUCUCUGGCGGUCUGACUCCGUCCUUCACAUGCCCUGAAGCCGAGCAAAUGGGAGCCAAGAUCAUCAUCUUCUCGCUGGUAUCCUGUGUCGCUAUGGUGCAUGCUUGCCGCGCUGCGAUGAAGUCCCUGAAGAAGACGGGCACAGACUUUAGCUCUGCUCAGGGCAUGGAUCCCAAGAAGUUCUUUGAAGUUAUGGGUCUGAAUGAGAUUGUUGAGCUCGAUGCGGCGGCGGGUGGAUCUGCUUUCCAACUUGUUUAAUUUUUUUUUUCCUGCAUGCAUGUAUACCAAACCUCAAAUAACCUAUUUUAUUGAUCGGUAUUACUAGUAACUGUGUGUAAUACUGCUGGGCAUCACGAAUUUUUAUGACCUUAGACGUCUUGCCAUUG